AUGUUCAGUCACAAAGCACCGCUCUGGAAGCAGCAGGGCCGUUCUUUGCUGCUCCGCGAGGAUCCCGCAUGCAAAGCCAGUGUGAAGGUGGCCAGUUUCGACCUCAACGACACCUUGGUGUCCAGCCGGAUCGGUGCUCCAGGCUAUCAGGUAACGGUGUCCGAUUGGCAGUUCUACAAUGCCUCGGUUCCCGAGAAGCUGAGAAAGCUGCACAGCGAUGGCUUUAGGUUGGUGAUCUUCACGAACCAGGGAAACAUCCGGAGCGCCUUGGAGGGAAAGCGGGCGACUGCCUUCAAGGGCUAUGUGGAUGCCUUUGCCAAAGAAUUGGGCGCGCCAAUCUUAGUUCUGGCAGCCACCAUGAAGGACCAGCUGCGCAAGCCCAACGGUGGCAUGUGGGAACAGCUGGAGAAGAUGAACGGAGCCAUCGACAAAGAUCAGAGCUUCUUCGUGGGUGACGCUGCAGGCGGCGUGGGGGAGCACUCGGCUGAUGAUGCGGACUUCGCGAAGACGGUGGGGGUGAAGUUUAUCCACACCAACGAAUUCUUCGGUCCACCAGGUGGGCUCGAGCCCUCCAUCGAGCCGCCCAAGAAGGCUGCGCGGUUGGAGGGCCUCGCGCAGAGCGUCACUCUGGGAGGUGAUGAGGUCUCAGGUGAUCCGUUGGUCCUGGUGCUGGUGGGUUUGCCCGGCUCGGGGAAGACGACCUUCGCCCAGAAGUUGGCACCUUCAGGAGGAAAUAGUGUGCGAUGGCAACGGACUUGCCAAGACCUGCUCCGGAGCAAAGAGGCCUGCUUGCGGGCUGCCAGCAAGGCGUUGGAAGAGGGCUUCUCGGUGAUCAUCGACCGCACAGACAUCAAUGUGGAGCAACGAGCUCCCUGGGUCCAACUCGCCAGCGAAAAGGGCGUAGCUGCUCAUGCGCUGAUCUUCGACGUGCCAGCGGAGGAGUGUGGCCGACGCGCGUCGGAGCGGCGAGACCACGAGGGCGGCCUGCAGGGCGCAGGGGUGCGCAUCGUGAUCUCCAAGCUCCAGAAGAUGCAGCAAGCGGUCACGGCCGAGGAGGGCUUCGCCCGGGUGCGCCUUUGCCGCGCGCCCGAGCUCCAAGCGGAGCUGGAGCGCUACGGGGAGAAGCGGUUGAGCACCUUUGUGGCGCCAGCCACGGUGUCGGCGCCCACCGCACGGCGGGUGGCGCUGAUUGCGGUGGGGCUCGGUGUGGAGUCGUUUGCAGCGCCAGCCUGGGGUAGUGGUGCCUGUGAUGCCAGUGAUGUGGAGAAGUAUCAGAUGCUUACAUAUGUGAAGAUGAUGGUCUCCAUAAGGAAGUUGAAGCCUCAGUGGGACGAGGAAAUGAAGAAGUUCCUUUUUGAAGAUCCUCCAGGUGGUACCUGGGAAGACCGCUGUAUCCGACGCUUCGGGAGUUCUCAGUAUCCAAAGGAUGAAGGCCAGAAGUGCAUGGCCAAGCGCGUCUCUGAAGGCACCGGCCUCUCCGCCGGAUGCGGGCUCUGCUGGGGAAAGCUGGCGCAGUGCACCUACGACAAUUGUGCGUCCCUAUGCCUUGAUGCAAAGUCUCAAAAGUGCCAGCAAUGUAUCUCUGAGAAGUGCGCCACGAACUUUGAGCAAUGCUCUGGCAUCAAGCUUUGA